AUGGCCCAUGGGCCAUGGGCACCACGGCGUUCCCAAGCUGACGGCAAACGUAGCAAACAUAACUUCACCAGGUCCACCGUGACGGAUGGAUCGGGAGUUCAAGGCCCGAGCCAAACUCGGACCUCCCAAUCCACAACCGUCACCCGUGACUCCGUUAUCAGGUGUAUGGAAUCCCGCGCUGCCUCUUUCCAAGGCCUGCAUAUCUCGCGCUCCCAUCUGGAACCCCUUCAGCUCGUCCAGUACGGCAGCGGCGAGAACUAUCGUGUCCAUACGGACUGGCUUUCAGCUCCUUGUCAAAUCACUUCCGAUGUUGGAGGGAAUCGACUCUCUUCCUUCUUCGCAUAUGUAGCAGCAAGCGACCUCACCGGAGGUGGCACCAACUUCCCCAUGCUGGACACGCCCUACAGUGAGCGUUGGUGUGCGUUCAUCGACUGCGACGAGCCGUGGGACAAUGGCGAGUGGCAAUUCAGCUAUGUUGCAUUCUGGGCUGCCGGUGACAAGUGGCUCGAAGCUGGGGAUGAACAUUUGGACACGGGAAGGUCCGUUAGAUAA